AUGGCUUUUCCCGGGAGACACACAAACAGAGUGAUCAGAUGCCGAGGAAACAACUGGAAUCUGAUUGUGCCGUCUGUCUUCACGACUCCCGGACCAGAGCUGAUCGCCCAACGUAAAGUAUUUAAGGCAGCACGGUUCAUCGAAAGAGCCUUGGCUGAGACCGACACCCGAAAGGAGAGACAGCGUUAUCCCCCGCAGAAGCUGACGCCCACCAUUCGCGGCGCAAUCCUUCAGUGCGUGACCGAGGCGCGCAAGGAUCCACGUAUCCACUUCACAGGUUCCGAACUGAGCAUCCUUUUUCAUAUAUACUUUCAUCUAACAAACUAUCAGAUUCGACCAAUGACGGAGGAAGAACUGAAAGAUUUCCUUGUCUCCACUCUUUCCCUGUCUGGGCAAAAUCUGCUUGAAGGUCUCCACGGAGCCGCGAGGAUGCUGCGUUAUGGUCGGCCCUCCUUGAAAUCUGAUGGAAUAACUGCAUAUGACUUUGUCCUUCUGCUCUCCUGCAUGCUUCGCGGCUCCUUCACUGACCGAGCCACCAUGUCCUUCUAUGUCCUCGAUCGCGACAGCGACGGUCGACUGCGCACUAACGUGGAGUUUGCGUAUUUCCUCAGGGGUUCUUUGUGGAACGUGCAGGAUGAGCCUGACGAAUGUGAAUUUGAUGGGGACCAUACGCAGCAAGCAGUCCAGUACUUGGCCUCGAAGGCUUCAAUCAGCAUCGGUGGCAGCAUUGGGCUCGCCCGUUUUCUACAGCUCUGCUCCAAGCAGCCGUGGAUGAUAGACGCUAUAUUACCAUGUAUACCUAGAGACAUCGACAAUGUAACCUUCCAAAGCAUCUUUACUGGCAACAUAAUGACUCCAUAUCACAGUGAAAGUCCUCGACACUCUAACACCCCAACAAGAAGAUCGACGUCAACUUUUUCAAAUAGGAGACAGUAUGGCAAAUAAUUUCUGCUUGAUAACUCAUAUUGGUCACAGUACUUGUUAAUGCGCGAUGCUAGAAACCAUUGCUGUUUCUAUAUUUGUCAACUGAAUAAAAUUCAGUAAAUAUGAUUCACAUUUCUGCUGGAGGUUUUUGUGUACUAACUUCCGAAGUUGGAAGUUUGGACCUUAACAGCUGUAAAAGCCCUGGUUGCCAGACAACCAAGGUGAUUCUUAAGCAGUGAGAAAGGAUGAAAUCAUUGGCUAGUGGUUUAAGAGGUUAAGUAGGAAAUUUGCCCAAAAGUUUCACGUUUAUUUUGUGUACAAAAGCACUCGAGGCUCCAGUUUUACAAUUUAUAUGAAGUUUUUGUGUCCAGAAGAGCAGUAAACCAUUAUUAUAAUCGGUGAACGCCUGGAGUAUUACGUUGUGUUAAGGUAUCUUAUUGCGACUCGUCUGCAAUUGUUAUAAUUAGGUGAUUUGUCCUAAUUAUGGAAAUGAAAUUGGCAUUUCGGCUUGACCUUGGGGAACCGGGUUUACGGUCCGUGCGGACGUUUACAUAGCAACUGUCAACCGAUAAUCGAGAAACGUCACCAACAAAAAGGGACAUUGUAAUGGCAAUUUCUGGCUUGCUGUGAUCAGGUAAAUAAACCCAGAUUUCAGCCAGACCCCUGAAAUUUAUAACGAGUUGGUUGGCUGACAAGACUUUUGGGGCUAAUUGGGGCUAUUUGGAUCGACUUAUAGUCUCAAGAUCUCCCUGUGUGACUUGAGUCAUUCACAGGGCUAAUCUCAGCAACGAAUCCAAACAUCUUAGCCAGUACUCUCCCAUCACGGGGCUUCAUUGCUUCUGUGGUGACCGCGUCCUUCAACAGAGUGACCUUGUGAUACGCAGGAGUCAUUUGGCUUUUUAUUCGUCUUUGAUACUUUAAAUCAAAGAGCAAAUGCUCUUAUCGGCACCAUUCUUAGUAAGCUCUAAUUGUCCGUUCUGUGGUGUUUAUUAGCCAAGUUGGUUACAAGAGCAGGGCAACAGUUGUAAGUCGUCGUGCGAAAUCCGUUCUAGGUUGUCUCGCAUAUAAUCGAGAAGACAAGAAAUCCGACAAGACAGGGCCUGUCUGUUAUACUAUUCAUACUACGACCCCUUCUGGAGCCGAUAUGGCCUAACUCCCCAAUAGUAGAUUGGAUAUUGAAUAUGUGAACUGACAUUCUCUGUUAAUGGAUGGGAACCCGUGUUGCCUGCUAGAGCUUACACACUAUGAUCUAAGCAAGCACUUCCUAAAUGUGCUUUUCCUCUCUUUCAAUGUAUUGCCUGUUCGUCUGAAUUUAAGACACCUGAGUCCAGUGGAGGGACACCAAAAGCGCUCGUUACCUAUGCAAUAUUGACGUGAAUUGCAACUUUGGCAGAAGCAGUGUGGUACUCUUGUCUCACAAGACAGCGAUUAAAAGGUUCAUGGCGCGGAACAUGUCCUCUCUCUAUGGCUUCCUUAUGUGGUCCAAGGGCAUAAUUACCAACCCAGGUGUAAUCUUUUCUAUGCGCCUGUGUCCGAUGCAGAGAGAGAUAUCAAGGACGGAAUCCGUUAAUUUUUUCAGGAAUUUCUGUCCCUCCCCCACACCCCUCUUUCCAGCUAAAUUAUUGCACUUGUAUAGGAGUGGAAUGUGCACAUCAGCAAGCCUGACCCAACAGCCAUCGUCAGGGAGUUUUUACUUUUUCUAAAAACAAAGGGAUGUUUGUGACACAUGCCGGGUCUCCGCGCCCAAAAAGCACAUCCGAACCUGAAAUUCAAAUAACGAGGAAACCGCUACUCAGAUCAACUGCCUUCUUGUGUGCUGGUCUUCGACUGUUGCCCAGGUCAUGGGAAAGGAAUAGGCAGCAUGUAUAGCUCAAAACACACGCUCGUGGGAUUAUGACUACUCUUAUGCCUUAAUGUGUUCACGACUAUUAUCCUGCAAAAAAGACACAAUGUUGGCGAACUUAAGUGCUCUACUCCCCUGCAUGAAUGACGAAUGCGGCUCAUUCAGGACUGCCAUCACCGAUAAUUCGCUUUACAACCUAGCUAUCGACUGCUGCAACCAGUUGGUAAAUGAUGCAAUGCACUGCCAAAUUCAGAACGCGCUGUCUUCAGAAGCACGGUCAGCUCCAGUUAACUGAAUUCGAUAUGGGAGAGUAUGGCCUUAGAAUUACAGACGGGUUCCACUGCUGACGACACAAGGAAGCUGUACCAGCUCUUCCAAUGCCAUCUAGAAGGCAAUGUGCCAGUCAGCCAGACAGUCAACACAGAGGAAAUCCUUCUUUUUACGUCACCCAACGAGCGAGUGCCGCAGUGGGACGAAUGACUUUGAAAACUAAUAGAAGAGAAGAGGCGAGUUCCAGGAAGUAGUCACGGAGAAGGAGACACGAUCGCUGGAACAAGUGCUUUAUUAGCCUGACGUGAUAGGCAUGUAGCGGCCUACCAACUACAUCCUAUAAAUAUCGCAACACCUGGGAAAUCUACUACCCUUAUCUGACUCUGUCUCUGAUGAUGGGCUCGAGCGAAACCCGAGACUUCAGGCCAAUAAAACACUUGUCCCAGCGAUCGCGUCUCCUUCUCCGCGACUACUUCCUGGAACUUGCUUCUUCGCUUUUGUUUACAAAUUGUUUGGGAAAGACGCGCUCCGAUCGGCCCGGCGAUGGGAAACCUUCGCCCUUUGAGGGGCCUCUACGUAUGCGCUGAUCAGGUUUCUGAGCAGGUGUCUCGACAACAAUGUGUUACCGGAGUGUGGUUAAUACAAGCCUCCCGGUAAACACGGAGUUGGCGAGACGAACAGUAUAUUAGCAUGGCAGAAGAAUGAUCCGAGUGUUCCAUCAAGACUGCCACGCCAGGCUUUGCAAGUGGCGUCAGAGGAGUGACCAAGAGAAGACUAAAUGUCAUAAGUUCGUUGGCGAUUUAGGUACAAAUCUGCUCCCGCAGAGGAUGUCUGAACGCGUCCGCAAACAGAGAGCGAUACUUGACGCGGCAAUGGGAAGCAAAGUCACAAAGUUGCCUAAUCUCGCAUCGUUCAAAGACGACAAACUGGUGCGCAACCUGUCGUCAAAGGACCUGACGAGGGAUCAAAUGCAGGUGUUGCAGCAUGAAACUUCAUACAACACAGCUGACGCCAAACCUGUCAACGUGGUUGCAGCCGUGGAAUCGAUCCCAAGUCAGACGGAAGCAGCCGACGACACCAAGAACCUUAUCAGACACCAGAUUUCUCUCCUUAUGACUUACAGGCCGCGCGACGCGCUGUCCAAGGUCGAACGUGCUGCCCUAAGACAUCGUCAUCGUGUCUGCGAACAAGGGACGUUCCACGGUUGUUUUGGACCGGGCAGGCUGCCUUUAGAGGACUAA